AUAAGUCCCUGCUUUUUGGACAGCUUUCCCUUUCACUUCUCCCAUCCUCAUCCACCUUUCCUCUCAGAUUAACCCAUACCCUCUUUUACACUCGUGUCCCUCCAUAAUAUCUUUUUCAUAUCUUUUAUUUAUUUAUUUAUAUAUAUAUAUUUAAUAACAUCAUCUUCUUCAACUCUCUGUUUGCUCUUCUGGGUCACUGAUCUUGAUCUAACUGUUUUCCACCUCAAACUUGGGCAAUGAAUCAAUACAGAAGCUCCUAUACAUGAUGUCGUAGAACUUCAAACUAUUUAGCGGAAAUCCACUUGUUUUUAGGAACUUGAGAAGGAUUGAUAAUCAUCCGUUAUGCAGCAUUGAGCACAGCUGGAGUUGAUGAGAAUCUGUAUAUUUGAGCAAGUAAAUUAUUGGCCCCUUUAGAUCUGUUUCUUCUUGUUUGAUGAAUUUGUUCACUUUCCACGAAGACGAUGGGAAAUUUUGGUGUGGCAACAAAGUGGCGGUAUUAGUUAUAAUUAACCGUAGAUAGUGCGAAUUCCAAAUCAAAUGAAGAUCAAAAGUCGUUUACUGGCACCAUCGUGACUAUUUAUCUUCCUAGUUUCUGGAUUUUGGACGGCGAUUUCAUCUGGAAGUCCGUGUCAACCGACUCAAACAGAAAAUAUUCAAUAAUCAUAUUUUCAACAUGGAUGAGACUAUUGCUGCCAAUUAUCAGCAGAGCAUAUUUCAACGGUUGCUCUCUGCCAUUGUGCCCAUACUACUGGUUGCAAUAUCAUAUGUUGACCCUGGGAAGUGGGCUGCAACUGUUGAGGGAGGAGCCCGUUAUGAGUGUAAUACUGUGUUACUAAUGCUUGCUUUUAAUCUUGCUGCAAUCUUGUGCCAGUACCUGUCUGCUCGUAUUGCUGUGGUUACUGAAAAAGAUCUUGCUCAGAUCUGCAGUGAGGAGUAUAACAAGGUCACAUGCAUCGUCUUGGGAGUUCAAUCUGAGCUAUCUAUGAUUGUUUUGGACCUUACAAUGAUUCUUGGCAUCGCGCAUGGGCUUAAUCUUAUUCUUGGAGUUGACUUGUUUACAUGUGUCAUGCUGACUGCCGCAGAUGCUAUUCUUUUUCCUUUUUUCUCUUCCUUUUCGGAGCAGAAGGCAAAAGUUCUAUGCCUAUACACGGGGGCCUUUAUAUUUUUUUCUUAUACAUUUGGCGCACUUAUCAGCCAAUCAGGAAUACCUUUCUCCAUGGGAGGGACACUAAUUAACUUAAGCGGGGAAAGUUCUCUUGCAUUUAUGAGUCUUCUUGGAGCAAGUGUUAUGCCCCACAACUUUUACCUCCAUUCUUCUCUUGUGAAGCAACAACAAGGAGAAAGAAGGAUUUCUAAGGAAAUUGAUUGUCAUGACCAUUUAUUUUCAAUUUUAUGUAUAUUUAGUGGCAUUUUCCUGGUAAAUUAUGUGCUGGUUCACUCAGCGGCAAAUGCGUUGUACAGUACAGACCUUUUACUUACAUUUUAUGAUGUGCUCUCACUGUCAGAUCAGGGAUUCAGGGGAUUGGUAUUACCCUUUGCCUUGAUAUUGAUUCUUAUUUUCUCUAAUCAUAUCACAGCAUUAAGCUGGAAGCUUGGUAGGCAAGCUGUCCUGCAUAAAUUAUUUAAAGUGACUUUCCCUGGUUGGCUUCAUCAUUUAGUAAUUAGAGUUCUAGCCACUGUUCCAGCCCUCUACUGUGUGUGGAAUUUAGGAGCUGAAGGUGCAUAUCAACUACUGAUUUUUGCUCAGAUUGUGGUAGCUCUUUUGCUUCCACCAUCUGUGAUCCUUCUGUAUCGAGUUUCCACAUCCAGCUCAGUGAUGGGUGUUUAUAAAAUUUCUAUGCCUGUGGAGUUCUUAGUAUUUAGCACCUUUGUUGGGAUGCUUGGCAUUGAAAUUGUAUUUGUUGCAGAGAUGAUCUUUGGUAACAGUGAUUGGGUUAUGAAUUUGCAGUGGAACAUGUGGAGCGACAUAUCAUUCAUUUAUGUUCUUCUUAUCAUUACAGCCUGCUUUUCCCUGUGUCUUAUUAUCCAUCUAGCAAUAAACCCUUUAUCAACUGCAACUUCUAGCUUUGAUGUUCAAAAUUGCAAUUUGGAUGUCAAACCCUCUAUGCCCGGAUUUUCGAAAGAAAGAGCUCAGCAUGAUUCUCUGAAUGAUAUUGGAUACCAGGCAGAUGAGUUGCUUCAUAAACAAGAAUCUGUGUUUGAAUCUGAUGGAAAUGAUCUAUUUUCCUCAGCUUCAGCUUCUACUCUGGCUUCAGACUCAUUCCGGGAUUUUGAGAGUAGGCCUCAAUUGACUACCAUCAAGGAAAAUUGUUCAGAUAUUACACAUACAAUUGCUUCUAUAUGUAAUGUAAAGGAUUCAGCCACCUUGGAUGACAUCGUCCCGGAGUCGGUUCUAUGUAAAGAAGUUUCUGUUGGUGAACAGGUGUAUGCUACUACAUUGACUACUGAACAGUUAGACUCGCCAGUGUGUAUGCCAAGCAUAGAGGUAUAUUCACAGACUCAGAAAGAUGGUGGCGAUGAUACCUUGGAGCCUGAAAAAUCAUGCAAGCCAGCAUCUGAAAGCAGCCCAUGUCUAACAUCUGAUGGCCCAGGCUCAUACAGGAGUCUUGGUGGAAAAGCUGACGAUGCGGGGAGUGGUGCUGGAAGUUUUUCAAGACUUGCAGGGUUAGGGCGUGCUGGGCGACGUCAAUUAGCUGUAGUUCUUGAUGAGUUCUGGGGACAAUUGUUUGAUUUUCAUGGAAAAGCAACUGCUGAAGCAAAGGCUAAAAGACUGGACACUUUACUCGGGGUUGAUUCAAAGGUGGAUCUAAAGCAAAGUUGUGUAUUACCAAAAUUAGACAACACUAGAAACGAGUUCACUAGAAACAUACCUUCUCCGGGGGAAAGAAUCUCCAAUUCUUUUACCAGUUCAAGUUUGUACAAGUCUCCAGUGCAACAGAGUGGCCAAAACAACAUUUCUUAUGGGGUUCAAAGGGAUUCGUUAUCAUCAUGGUCUAGCAAUACACAGCUUUUGGAUACAUAUAUGCAGAACUCCAGUUACAGUGAUGUGGACUCUGGUGAGAGGCGCUAUUCUAGUAUGCGGCUUCCGCCAUCUACUGAUGUAUAUAAUGAUCAACCUGCCACUGUACAUGGUUACCAGAUGGCUUAUCUCAGUCGUAUAGCUAAAGAAAGGAAUAAUGGCUUUAUGACAAGUCAAAUGGACUUGCCAUCCCCAAAAUCUCCUUCUGUACCUUACAGAGAUCCAUUUUCGUCUGCUGCUGGACAAAAACCUCGAAUCACACCAAGCGCCAAAACACCACCUGGUUUUCCGAGUGUUCCUAUAUCAAGGACCAGUACCCUGCAAUCUGGAAGACCUUUUCAAGUUAAUUCCCCUGGUCUAUCUGCUGAAAACAUCGGGACCGCAGUAAAUGAAAAGAAAUAUCAUAGUUUACCUGACAUUUCUGGACUGUCACUUCCUUACAAGAAAUCAUUGCAUUCUGGUAUGGGUGUUUCACAUGAAAAUCCUACAAUAUACCGACCAUCCAUGAGUCACACAAUGCAGGAAGUGUCCUUGUAUGUAAACCCUUUAAACAAGGUUCACAUUAGCCCUUCAUCUACUAUAGGCGGGGCUCCUGUGUUUCUUGAUAAUUUGCCUUCUAAUGUUGGCAGAGAUGCUUACUCAUUAAAGUUCAAUUCAAGUUCACAGACUGGGUCCCUGUGGUCUCGACAGCCUUUUGAACAGUUUGGUGUGUCUGGUAAAGUUCCUCCAAUGGAGGUUGAUGGAACUAGAAGCAGUCAGAGCUCAAUAAUUGAGGAGACCCCAUCUAUGAUAGUUUUUGAAGCGAAGAUUCUUCAGGCUUUUAGAGUUUGCAUUAAAAAGCUCUUAAGGCUUGAAGGAUCUGAUUGGUUGUUUAGACAAAAUGAUGGGGCAGAUGAGGACCUAAUAGACCGUGUGGGUGCAAGGGAGAGGGUAUUGUAUGAAGCUGAAAGUCGGAUGGGUAUAGGUGAUUCUCGUUCACCUGUUGACAAAAAGCCUGGCUUAGCACCAAAAGAUGAGGAAAUGGCUUCAAUUCCUCAGUGUGGGGAAGGUUGUAUUUGGAGACUGGAUCUUAUUAUCAGUUUUGGUGUUUGGUGCAUACAUAGGGUUCUUGAGCUUUCACUUCUGGAAAGCAGGCCUGAGUUAUGGGGAAAAUACACUUACGUCUUAAAUCGUCUUCAAGGGAUCAUCGAUGUAGCAUUUUCAAAACCUCGCUUACCAAUGACCCCAUGCUUGUGCCUUCAAAUACCUUCCACGCAUGAACAAUCGCCACCACGUGUUUCAUAUGGGAGCCUGCCCCCACCUGCAAAACAAGCCAGAGGAAAGAGUACAACAGCAGCAAUGCUUUUGGAAAUGGUCAAGGAUGUUGAAAUUGCAAUUUCAUGCCGUAAGGGGCGAACUGGUACUGCAGCCGGCGAUGUGGCUUUUCCUAAAGGUAAGGAAAAUCUGGCAUCCGUAUUGAAAAGGUACAAGCGUCGAUUAAUCAGCCAGCCAGUACCUUCUCAUGAUAUUAGACCGGGGUAACUAGCCAAGCCAGUGCUAUCUAUUGAGGUAGACUAUUGUCGGUGAAGUUUUCUUUUUCAGUGACAUAGAUUUUUGGCUUUUAAUUUAUGGUUCGUUGCAACCGGGAGCAUCAUCGUUUUUCAUGUUGUAUGAUAUAUGGAAAAUGCCCGAUUAGUCAGUUUCAGAGUCUCCAUCAUGUGUAAAUAAAACACUUGCAUAGGAUAUGAUAAACUGUAGUGGGCGUAAAAUCACGAAGGGAUGCUUCGGAAGGGGUAGAAGAAGAUUGACGACGAGGUGUGACUGCGCAAUACUAGCCUUUGCCAUAGUCGCCACCAACCCAUCUACAGAGGAGCCAAAGAGAAUGCUUAUGUAUGAAUGCAGCGCAUACAAAGCGCACUUUGUAUAAUAUUGUUAUAGGGGUGGUUGAGUUUCUGAGGGCAUCAUUUUACUUUCUAUGCUGUAUAGAUGAAUGUAUUGUAAAUCUAAACCAGUUGUAGUUGGCGAAGAAAUGACUAAUAGCAACUGCAUUUGACUGCCAGUAGCAAAGCUAUGUCAGAAUAUAGUAUAAUCAUGGUAAA